AGCCCAUGCCUGGUAUGUCUAUAAAUACUGAGAGCUACGAUAGCCUCUUCACCAUUCAGCAACAAAGCACCUUAGCACUUCGAGCUUUUCCAAAUCCAAUUUGUCAUCAAGAUGAAAAGUUUCUUUGCUCUCCUAGCCUUCUCUUCACUUCUUCUGUUGUCAAGCAUCGUCAUAGCAAGGAAAGAGCCUGUUGAAUAUGUGAAGACUGUUGUGGAGCAAGUAGCCAAAGAUCUUUCUAUUGAUCCAUCAUCCCGGUUUCCCAUAUACCAUGAUAACCAAAAUGGACAAUCUGUCGAUACUUCGUCCCGGUUUCCCAUAUACCAUGAUAACCAAAAUGGACAAUCUAUCGAUCCAUCGUCCCGGUUUCCCAUAUACCAUGGUAACCAAAAUGGACAAUCUAUCGAUCCAUCCUCCCGGUUUCUCAUAUACCAUGGUAUAGAUCCAUUCUCCCGGUUUCCCAUAUACCAUGGUAACCAAAAUGGACAAUCUAUCGAUCCAUCGUCUCGGUUUCCCAUAUACCAUGGUAACCAAAAUGGACAAUCUAUCGAUCCAUCAUCCCGGUUUCUCAUAUACCGAAAUGGAAAAUCUAUCGAUCCAUCGUCCCGGUUUCCCAUAUACCAUGGUAACCAAAAUGGACAAUCUGUCGAUCCUUCGUCCCGGUUUCCCAUAUACCAUGAUAACCAAAAUGGACAAUCUAUCGAUCCAUCGUCCCAGUUUCCCAUAUACCAUGAUAACCAAAAUAGACAAUCUAUCGAUCCAUCGUCCCGAUUUCCCAUAUACCAUGGUAACCAAAAUGGACAAUCUAUCGAUCCAUCCUCCCGGUUUCUCAUAUACCAUGGUAUAGAUCCAUCCUCCCGGUUUCCCAUAUACCAUGGUAACCAAAAUGGACAAUCUAUCGAUCCAUCGUCCCGGUUUCCCAUAUACCAUGGUAACCAAAAUGGUGACCAAAACUCUAAGGCCAACGAAGAAGGUGCUGCCAAAAGUGCUUCUACUGACCAAUAAAUUGUAGAAGCAGAUGAUAAGAAAAAUCAAACUUCAAAGGAAAAUCCUAUCAAGAGAUAUAAUAAAAAAUAACGGAUUGUAGUUUGAAGUUUGUGAAUGCCUUUAUAUGGCAAAUUGUAGAGGCUAUGACCUUGAAUGAUGUAUCUUCUAUGUUUGUACUGUUAUUCUUCUCGUUGUCUAUGUAUGCUAUUUCGUAGUUAAAUAAAUUUUUAUGGCUUGUUUCA